GAAAAUUUCUUAUCAACAAAUGUCAAAUAUCAAAUUUCGAUCCAUGUUAUGUUGAGGAUUUGAAGAAUUUGACGGGAAAAGUAGAAAAUAGUAGGAAAAGUACAAGAAAAGAGAGUGAAAAUUUAUCAUUGAUAAAGAGAGGCGACAAUUAAUGCUUCAUUGGAGUUUUGGUUUAAUUAGAAAAUUAUCAAAAUCAGCAAAAGUACCGACAAAAAUGGUGAAUCGACAUCACAUUGAGGGUUAUGAGGAAUUUGUGAAUUAUAUGAAAAAAUUUAAGGAACCGGAUGUAGUUUAUAUUUUAUACAGUGGAAGUAAAUUGCCAAAUGGUAAUAGUUGGUGUCCCGAUUGUGUCGUUGCAAUGCCACAUGUCGAGAAAGGAAUUGAAUCAGCGCCGAAAGAUUCGCAUUUUGUCUAUGUUGAAGUCGGUGAUCGUCCUUUUUGGAAGGACAAUAAAUGUCCAUUUCGAACGGACGCAAAGACAAAAUUGAACGUUCUGCCGACGUUGUCAAGAUGGGGAACGCAGAAACGACUCGAGGGCGAUGACUGCUCAAAAAAUGAUCUCUUGGAAAUGCUAAUCACUGAAGAUGAUGAUUAAAUUUACAAAACAAACGAGUUUAACAAACAAAAUAUAUUUUUAUCUUCAAGGACUCUUUUCUUUUUACAACAAUGAUAUAAUUUUUUAAAUAAUGAUAUAACAAUGAAAAAUAAAAUGAGUA